CUUCUAUUUAUUAAAAAUUUAUUAAAAGAGAAAAAGGAAACCGGAGCACAGUAAAAUGGAGAAUUCGAUUGGAUCUGAUCUACUAAGUCUGGUAGGACUGAACAAGAUGGGAAAUGGUCCUGAUAUAUUUGAAGAUAGUCUGGCAGGACUGAACAAGAUGGGAAAUGGUCCUGAUAUAUUUGAAGAUGUUCUAUUCAAGAUCAAGAAUGCAGAAGCCCAUAAUGAUGAACUAAAAAAAUCAAGAAAACAGCAGGAAUCAGCCAAUUCUUAUCUCAGAUUAAGGAUUCCAAAAUUUAAAUCUACUAUAGAGGAAGUGAAAACUGAGAUACAAGAGAUAAGAAAAGAGAUCAUAAUAUUACAGGCGGAGAGUGGAGUAGAUACAGCAUACUUAGAGGCCCAGGACAAAUAUAACCAAUUCAUGAGCGAGAAAAUUGUGGAGAAGCAUCGAAGAACUGUGGCAGAUAUUACGAAGCUUGGAGACUCCAUUGACGAGAUUUAUGGAGAGAUUGGAAACUUCUCUCAAAAAUUUGGAUGUAUGGUACAAACUACAGGUUUACAGAAGCGAAAACAAGAGAUUUUAAGAAGAAUGGAACCUGAGUUAGAUGAGGUUGAAGCUUUACACAAGAAGUUAGAACAGAUGGGACAGGAGCAAUCUGAUCUCGAAGAACUUAACAAACAAGUUUCUGCUCUCAGAGAGAUGGUUUCUCAGAGAAGACAGAGAAAAACUAUGAAGGAGCAAGAAACUAAGAAUCAGCUUGAACAGAUGAAAAAACUAAAGAUUAUGCUCAUGAGUUCAAACCAUCAAGAAGAAAUCAGGCUUAUUAUAGAAGAGAUUAGUAGCCUGGGUGGACUUAUUGAUACCAUUGAUGAUACUAUACAACCAGUAGAGCAGGAUUUGUAUGCAACAAACUACAAUACCGAGGUAGGCUUGAAUGGUUUCCAGAAGGUCUCCGAGCUUAUUGCUGAUAAUCCAAGGUUCAUAAGAUACCUUGGAGAACCGGGAUCAGAUUUCAACCAUCCGGAGAAGGUUGGGUCUUCUCUGAAUGGGAGUGAUCAGACAAAUCUUGAAAUUGGAGACACUCAUGGGUUUGAGAAGGAUGAAGAUGAAUGGAAACAGUUAGCUAGAGAUGAUGUGGAAGAGAAUGUUAAUCCUAUCCCAGGAAGUAUUUCUAAGAAACCCAAGUCUGCCUUGAGUCCAGAUCUAAAGAAAUACAAGUUCGCCUCGUUAAGUUCCGUGUCUAAGGUUGAACCUCUUUGGCCUGGAUUAUCACCUAAACCUAAAAGGUUGGAGAUUAAAAACAUGAAACCUUCUACUCCAGUGAAGAAUAUCAUUUCAUUCCGGAAUACUUCUGCGGGAGGGGUUGAGAGGUUCGAGAAUUCCGCAGGAGGGGUUGAGAGGUUCGGGAUUUCCGCAAGAGGGGUUGAGAGGUUCGAUAGUUUUCAUGGAGUGGAUAAGAGUUUCAAGAGUUCCACAGGAGGGGUUGAGAGGUUCGAUAGUUCUCAUGGAGUGGAUAAGAGUUUCAAGAGUUCCGCAGGAGAGGUUGAGAGGUUCGAUAGUUCUCAUGGAGUGGAUGAGAGUUUCAAGAGUUCCGCAGGAGGGUUUAAAGAUUCUCCUCAUGAAAUCCAAAUCCAACCUUCUCCUGAGGAACAUAAGAAACUAUUCAGCCAGAAUCUGAACUGUUAUGUAAACACCAAGAGCGCCAACACUGACCGGUCUCACAAGUUUAAAUUCCGUCCUCCCGGAGAAGCUGUUGGCCGACGAAACAGUGAAGAACAGGAUAGACCAAACUGAAGUGAAUGAUCAGGAAAUUAAUUAACUCUCAAUUUUGAAGAGUAUUUGCCUUUUCAAUGUUAGACAAGCAGAAAAUUCCCAAUUUAUUAUAAAAAAUAAUCCUUUUGUCUGAAAAUAUCUUUUAACAAAAAUUUGAAUUGUUUAUUAAAUCAAGGAAACAGAGGAGAAAGUUCCUAUUGUAUAUUUUUAAUU